GUCGCCUUCAGCUGAUCAUGGCGCGCUGCUCGUCCUCCGCCUUCCGCGCGCUGCGCCGCGGCUUCUCGUCGUCCGCGUCCUCCGCGCCGCUCAAGAAGACGCCGCUGUACGACCUGCACGUGGCGCUGGGCGGCAAGAUGGUGCCGUUCGCGGGCUACGCCAUGCCCGUGCAGUACAAGGCCGGCGUGCUGCAGUCGCACCUGCACACGCGCGAGCAGGGCUGCGCGUCGCUCUUCGACGUCUCGCACAUGGGCCAGCUGCGCAUCACGGGCGCCGACCGCCUGCGCUUCCUGGAGAGUGUCGUGGUGGGCGACCUGGAGGCGCUGGGAAGCGGCGAGGCCAAGCUCAGCCUCAUCACCAACGACCAGGGCGGCAUCCUCGACGACUGCGUCAUCAGCCGCUACGACGACCACCUGUACGUGGUGGUGAACGCCGGCAACCAGGACGCCGACGUGGCGCACAUGCAGCAGCUGCUCGAGAACUUCCAGGGCGACGCGCGCCUCGAGCGCAUCCCGGACCGCGCGCUCGUCGCGCUGCAGGGCCCCGGCGCCGCGGACGUCGUCGAGUUGCUCAAGCCCAACAUGAACCUCAAGGACCUCGAGUUCAUGCACGGCGUGUUCACGCCGCUCACGCUCAAGAGCGGCCAGACGCUGGACGUGAUUCUCACGCGCUGCGGCUACACGGGCGAGGACGGCUUCGAGAUCUCGGUGCUCAGCAAGGACUCGGAGACCUUCGCGCGCGCGCUCAUUCAGGACGAGCGCGUGCUGGAGGCGGGUCUCGGAGCCCGCGACAGCCUGCGCCUUGAGGCGGGUCUGUGCCUGCACGGCCACGACAUCACGCCCGAGAUCACGCCCAUCGAGGCGACGCUGGCCUGGACCAUCGGCAAGCGCCGCCGCGAGGAGGGCGGCUUCCCCGGCCACGCCAUCAUCAUGGACCAGCUCAAGAACAAGACGGCCACCAAGAAGCGUGUGGGCUUCGUGGUGGAGGGAGCGGCCGCGCGCGAGGGCGCCGAGCUCUACGACGCCGACGAUAACGUCGUGGGCCACGUGACCAGCGGCACCUUCAGUCCGUCGCUCAAGAAGGCCAUCGGCAUGGCCUACGUGGACAAGAGCCUCGGCAAGCUCGGCACGGAGCUGCACGUCAAGGCCCGCAAGAAAACGCAGAAGGCCGUCAUCACCAAGAUGCCUUUCGUACCGGCCAACUACUACAAGAAGGAGUAA